AAUACUUUGUGGAUAUUUUUUAAUUUUUAAUUUUGUUUUUUUUUUUCGAUUGGAGUUGUUAAAGUUAUAUUCUAUUCAAGAUGAUGAAAGUACGCUUUCAAGGACUUGUAGCGGAUUUACUUCCAAAUAUUCGUUUAAUGCAAGCAUGUGGCCACUUUUUAUUCAAUUAUCAUACAGAUCAAUCAUCAAUGAUGAAUUUAUUACGUAUGGCAUAUUCAUCAAUGCAUCUAGUAUUAGUCUUAAUACAUUUCUUUUUUGUAUUUAUGAAUUUGGUUAAGGAAGCCGAUGAUGUUAAUGAUCUAUCAUCGAAUACAAUUACAAUCUUAUUUUUUGUACAUUGUGUUACAAAAUUAAUAUAUUUUGCUGUUCGAUCUAAGGCAUUUUAUCGAACACUUGGCAUUUGGAAUCAAGCCAAUAGUCAUCCAUUAUUUGUGGAAUCCAAUAAUAGGCAUCACGCAAUAGCAUUGACUUCAAUGCGACGUCUUUUAAUGAUUGUCAUUGCAGCGACUGUACUUAGUUUUGCAUGUUGGACAACCAUUACAUUUGUGGGAGAUAGUGUUAAAAAUGCUAAAGAUCCAGAGAAUGAAAAUAAUACAAUUGUGGUCGAAAUACCAAGAUUACUGGUCCGAGCGUGGUAUCCGUGGAACGCCAUGCAUGGAAUGAAAUAUUAUAUUUCUUUAAUAUAUCAAUGUUAUUAUGUAUUUUUCUCCAUGUGCCAUUCAAAUUUAUUGGAUGUAUUAUUCUGUUCAUGGUUAAUAUAUGCAUGUGAACAAUUACAACAUUUGAAACAAAUUAUGAAACCAUUGAUGGAAUUAUCAGCAACAUUGGACACAUAUGUGCCACGUAGUGCUGAUCUUUUCCGUGCUGCAAGUAAUACAUCACAAGAUCAUCUUAUAGGUAAUGAACCAGAGUACACAAAAGAUCCAGAUCCAAGUGACCUAAAUUUCCGUGGUGUGUACAAUACACGUCAAGAGCUAGGUGGAUUAAAUUUUCGAUCAGGUGCAUUACAAACAUUUGGUGAUGAAAAAUCGGAGAAUAUUGGAAAUGUAGGACCGAAUGGUUUAACCAAGAAACAAGAAUUAUUGGUGCGCUCAGCCAUAAAAUACUGGGUUGAACGUCAUAAGCAUGUUGUCAGAUUAGUAACGGCUAUUGGAGAUGCUUAUGGUGCAGCUUUAUUAUUACAUAUGUUGACUUCUACAAUCACUUUAACACUUCUAGCAUAUCAAGCGACCAAAAUUGAUGGUGUAAAUAAAUAUGCAGCAUCAUGUUUGGGAUACUUAUUUUAUGCUCUGGCUCAAGUAUUUUUAUUCUGUAUCUUUGGGAAUAGACUUAUUGAAGAGAGCUCAUCGGUAAUGGAAGCUGCAUACAGUUGCCAUUGGUAUGAUGGAUCUGAAGAAGCAAAAACAUUUGUACAAAUUGUAUGUCAACAAUGUCAAAAAGCCAUGUCAAUAUCUGGUGCAAAAUUCUUCACAGUCUCAUUAGAUUUAUUUGCUUCGGUGCUUGGUGCAACUGUAACUUACUUCAUGGUGUUGGUACAACUGAAGUAAUUCGAGAUAUGGGAAAAAUUUGUUACAAUUUGUUUAACGUUUAUUUAAGAAAAUCUAUUCUAACUUUGUAAAACGUAAAACACUAAUAAUAUUAAUUAAAAUAUGGAAAAUAAUUACUAUACAAUACCAGACCAGCUCUUAUAUACAUGUUUUAAGGCCCGAUUUCAUCAACAUUUAUUAGCAUUAAUCGUUGAUUGAAGUUAAAUUAAUUAAGAAUCAUUUAUUU